AUGCCUCCUAUAGUCGAGAAGACCGGCCCCAAUGCCAGUGGCAAUGGCCAGCAUCUCGACCUCAACGGAAAUGUCUUCGAGCUCCCGAGCUUCACCAUGAAGGAGAUCCACGAUGCCAUCCCGGCCCACUGCUUCAAGCCCUCCAUCCUGCGCUCCAUGGCCUAUGUCGUUCGCGAUUACUUCUAUACCAGCGUCCUCAUCUACCUUGCCGUCACCUAUAUCCCCCUCCUGCCCAAUGCCUACCUGCGCUUCGCCGCCUGGGUCGCCUACACCACCGUUCAAGGCUUCGUAUUCACUGGUAUCUGGAUUCUCGCUCACGAAUGCGGCCACGGCGCCUUUUCCAAGUCCAAAAAGCUGAAUUAUACCAUGGGCCUGAUCAUGCACUCCUUCCUCCUUGUGCCCUUCCACUCGUGGCGUCUCUCGCACUCGCAGCAUCACAAAUCGACAGGAAACAUGGACAAGGACACCGCAUUCGUUCCGCACACGAGAGACUCGUGGGUGAAGCGCAAUUUGGGGGACAAGGCCCAGCAGAACCUGGUCGGACUCGCCGAGUUGGCGGAGGAUUCGCCCAUCGUUUCUCUCUGGAAUGAUAUUAUCCACCAGCUUUUCGGCUGGCCUGGGUAUCUGCUGUUCAACUUGACCGGUCAGCAUUAUGAUGGCGCGAAGGGGAUGAAGAUCUCUCACUUCUACUUCGGAGAAGACAGUGUUUUCUACAAGAAGAGUGAGCUGGGACUGAUUUUGCUGUCUGACGUUGGAGUUGCGGUCAUGAUCGCAGGGUUGGUCGUCGCAGGACAGGUUUUCGGUAGCUGGAACGUCAUUGUGCUCUGGGGAGUGCCAUGGCUGUGGGUGAACAACUGGAUUGUCGCUAUCACCUUCCUCCAGCACACCGAUGGAUCCAUGCCCCACUACAACAACAAGACCUGGUCGUUCGCCCGUGGUGCAACUGCAACCAUCGAUCGUGACCUCGGCUUCAUCGACACCCAUCUCUUCCACGAUAUUAUCGGCACCCACGUCUGCCAUCAUCUUGUCUCCACAAUCCCCUUCUACCAUGCCGCUGAAGCCUCGGUUCACAUCAAAAAGGUCAUGGGCCAGCACUAUAAGGCCGAUACCAAGACCCCAUUCUGGACCGCGUUUUGGCGCAACCAGCGGACCUGCAAGUUCGUGGAGGAGAGCGAGGGCCAGGAGGGUAGUGGCGUGUAUAUGUUCCGGAAUCUGUAUAACCGCCCUGGACAAACUCGGCCGCGGAAUCUAAUCACAGGGGAGAAGAAGCCAUUCGAUGUUUCGGAAGGCCUGAAGACAGCAACGGCCACAGCCACAGCCUCAGCCACCGCGAUGUCGAUGGCCUCGGCAAGAAAUCUAGACGCUCGGAGACGACUAAGUCAGUCUGCUCAGCUACGUGCGAAUCUCCCCUUGUUGGCGGAGGGUUGA